AUGAGUCAUUUAACUGUAAUUAAUUGGAAAGAACACAAGAAAAAGUUAAAAAAUAAUGAUACAGGUUUAUUAAUCCAUUAUCAUUAUCUUAAUCGUCUUAAUCUAACUGAAGUUAAUGAUGAUGAUGUUGAACAAUUUCUACUUGAUACUAAAACAGCUUUAGCAUUUAAUCUUUCUCUUACUGUUGAGUAUCGUUCUCUAUAA